CCAUUGCAGGAGCGGGCGGGCUCGGUCGGGACGGGGAAGACGGUGCUGGUGGGGCUGCGGCGGCCGGGAACGAUGCCGGGACCGCUGGGGCUCCCGGGCCGCGGCGUGCGGGGGGAAGACGCUCGGGCCGCGCCCCGCCGGCGGCGGAGCAGUGAUGGGCCCGGAGAGCGGGCUCCGCCCCGCCGCCCGGCCCGCCCCUCUCCCGGCGUCCCCCGGCGGCGGCCAUGGCGGACGGCGGCGGGAGCGGGCGGGGGCCGUCGUGCCCCGGGGCGGCCGCGGUGCUGCGGCGCUGGGAGCAGCUGUGGCGGCGGGCGGCGGUGACGGCGCCGUGGGCUCGUGGGCUUCUAGCCGUGGCCGCCGGGCUCGGCCUCUUCUACGUGGUGCUGCGGGUGCCGCUGCGGCUCCGGGACGGCCUGGCGGCCGCGACUGUGUUCUUAGGCACUUUGACUCCAAAAUUCUACUUUGCCCUUACAGUGACCUCGUCUUUUAUAUCUGGACUGAUAUUUGUGUUUGAGUGGUGGUACUUCCAAAAAUACGGCACAUCUUUCAUUGAGCAGUUUUCUGUGAGUCAUUUGAGGCCCCUCAUCGGUGGCGUAGAAAAUAGCCCUCCAACACCAGCAGCAUUCUCAGCUGGAGAGAAUGAGACGAGCAGGCAGAAUAUGCCAGAGUGCAAAGUGUGGCGAAAUCCUCUCAAUCUUUUCAGAGGGGCAGAGUAUAGCAGAUACAUGUGGGUGACUGGGAAGGAGCCUCUUACAUACUAUGACAUGAAUUUGUCUGCUCAAGAUCAUCAAAACUUUUUCACAUGUGAUACAGAUGCCCUUCGGCCGUCAGAUACAGUUAUGCAGAAAGCAUGGCGAGAGAGAAACCCUCAAGCCCGGAUUAAAGCAGCAUAUCAAGCUCUAGAGUUGAACAAUGAUUGUGCCACUGCGUAUGUCCUCCUGGCUGAGGAAGAAGCGACAACUAUUGUAGAUGCUGAGAAGUACUUCAAGCAGGCUCUGAAAGCAGGAGAAAUGAUUUACAGAAAGUCUCAGAACUGCCAUUCCCAAAGUCCCCAGCACGAAGCACAGCUGAGAAGAGACACCAAUGUAUUGGUAUAUGUGAAAAGGAGACUGGCUAUGUGUGCAAGAAAACUCGGAAGAAUACGAGAAGCAGUAAAAAUGAUGAGAGAUUUGAUGAAAGAGUUUCCACUUCUCAGCAUGCUGAAUAUUCAUGAAAACCUCCUGGAGGCACUACUGGAGUUACAGGCCUAUGCAGAUGUCCAGGCAGUUUUAGCGAAGUAUGACGAUAUCAGCCUUCCAAAAUCGGCAGCAAUAUGUUACACAGCAGCCCUGCUAAAAGCCAGAGCCGUUUCAGAAAGGUUCUCCCCGGAAACUGCUUCCAAGAGAGGGCUCAGUACAGCAGAAAUUAAUGCUGUGGAAGCAAUUCACAGGGCUGUGGAAUUUAACCCUCAUGUUCCAAAGUAUUUACUAGAAAUGAAAAGCUUAGUGCUACCUCCAGAGCAUAUUCUGAAACGAGGGGACAGUGAGGCAGUAGCAUAUGCUUUUUUUCACCUCCAGCACUGGAAGAGGAUAGAAGGGGCUCUAAAUCUGCUACACUGUACGUGGGAAGGCACAUUUAGGAUGAUUCCAUACCCAUUAGAGAAAGGUCAUCUUUUCUAUCCCUAUCCGAGUUGCACAGAAACAGCAGACAGAGAACUGCUGCCAACAUUUCACGAAAUCUCUGUGUACCCACAGAAGGAACUUCCCUUUUUCAUCCAUUUCACAGCAGGCCUAUGUUCCUUCUCGGCAAUGCUUGCCCUCCUCACGCACCAGUUCCCUGAGCUGAUGGUCAUUUUUACUAAAGCUUGCUUUGGGAAUCUUCUUUCACCCGUCAGCUUCGUUAUGGAAAACAUUGAGGUCCUCCUGCUGUCCAGUCCCUGGCGUCAGCCGACUCCUGUGAGACCGGAGUGUGCUUUCCAUGAUGGUUCGAGUUUGUUACUCUCACGAACGUCACUGGCUGGUUAGCUGACCCCUAGGCAUGGGGGGCAAGGAAGAAAGCUGUGCUAUUCAAACUGGUAUCUUUAACAGGCUUCCAUGUUGGUAAUGGUGCUUACCGUAUGAAUUUCUUCUUUGGGCUUAGUCUGUAAUCAUCCAAGAAAAUAGUUUUUGUUGAGCAAUACCUUAUUGCUCUCUUAAUCACUUGUACAACUGGAAGCUAAUACUUCCUCUGUAAGAAAGGAGAGGACACAAACUAAGCAGAUGAUUGGAGUAUUGACACUUUCUUCUCAGCUGCAGAUGCACCAGAUAAUUGGCUUAGGUUUAAUUUUAAAAGCCUUUUCAAAAUAUUUGUUAACAGCAAGGUAUGGUUCUGCUUUCUUUAUUAAAAGAUUGCUUCUUAA